AUGUUCCAACCUGAUCUAUCCGACCCACCUCUUCUGCCGUCAUCGAGGUACCACCGCGGCGGACUGCACACUCACAAGUCGCGCAAGACGGGUGCCUCGUCGAUCCUCAACUUCCACGGAGUGAGCGAGCACCUGGGACUUCAAGCGCCCCUACCAUCCGGAUCACGUCAUCCUGUUGCGGCAAUGCAGGACAGCACACUCGAUGACCGUGUGCAGCAAGCACUACUCGCCUUUCUUGGCGAACAUGAGCUUGCGGACAAGGUGCUCGCCAAGGCCGCCACGCUCCUGGAAGCUGCCCCCACUCCCAUCUUUUGCAGCGACAUGCCCCAGUGCACGGCGACGAUCCACGACUGGCGUAUCCGUGUGCUCGAACCUCUUCUCAAGUUUUUUCUGUGUCACUACAGCUAUAAGAUGACGGGGCUGCCCGCGAAUCCGAAUCAGUAUCGGCUGUCCUUCACCGCCCCUGAUGGCUCGCAACCGUCAGGAAUCACGCUCCACCUCCUCGAACAGAAUGGUGGCCAAGGGGUAAGCCUCCCCAUCGUUUUUGAACACGAUUCCAACUUUUGGACGUUCGGACCGCAACCCCAUCGGAUCGCGCGCCAGGGUCAGAUCGGCCAAACCACGCCGGCCUACUACUACCUUGAACAAAAGAAUCCUAUUCCGCUGGACCCGAACACCAAAAGUCACGGCGCACAGGCAAUAUUAAACAGGGUCAGUUGUCCAUCCCAGAGCCGACUGAAGAUUAUGAUGUCCCUGUUAACACGCGUAACUGUCGCUAUCGUGGAUUGUAUAUGCCUGCUCCGUCUUUAGCUGGCCAUGUCGAUGGAGCUGGCUGUUUGUCGAAACUCGGAGACCGGGGAGAUUAUGCAUGCACCUCGAUUCGGCAUGCUAAUGAGCACAAAAAUGAGCAUCCUGGCAGAAGUUGGUAAGCUUCUGUAAGACACUUUGCCGUGGCAGCUUCUUCCAAAGCUGACGCUAUCUGUUCCUUUCCAGUCGAGAAUCCACGAAACGCUCAAGAGAUCGGCUUCCUGUUAACUCCAAUCCUACUCGAUCCGCGCGACGACACCCAAAGCCGUGGUGAUACACCUAUGCCCUUCCUUUUCAACAGUCGAUCUUCGACCCGUCUUGCUCUUGCAACGCUGGUUGACUUCCUCACCCAUAUCCGAGCUCCUUCCCCUAGCACAGUCGCACAGCUGUUUGGUCCUCCUUCGAUCGACAAGCAGGAAUGGAGGCAAGUUCAGAGGGAGAGUUGGCUAAAUGAUCUUCGAGCACCAGAGAUUGAAGAACGACCGUCAACCUCGGUCGAAGUGUGGAAGGGCAGUCUCUUCACCGUGCGGGCGAAGCUUGACCACCACAACAAACGCGUCAGUGUGAACUUCCGUUUUGCUCGAGCCGGCCUCCUACUCAUAUAGUCGUCGCCGCUGACCUUGUGUUGUCCCUGUAUGCAUGAUCCUCAGCCACGGUUCAUCAACAGACCUCGCGGGCGCACGGGGCGCUUUCUUGGCUUCAGCGUGAUGGAAGCGGUCAAGUUCAUGGUUCAAGCCAAACCAGCGUCACCCAAUGCUCAGUCGAGUCACGUGCACAAACCAAGUCGUCGACUAGCAAAUGCCCUGCCCUCGCCUUUGAUCGAUUAUCUCAAACGUGGGACUCAGCGUCGAGAAGGAUCGAAACGAUACCAUCGCUUAUCAGGGCUCGAGGUAGAGGAUCCUGCCCCACUGCCCGCGCUGGAGCUCCUUCAACUGCUUGCUAUUGGCGGCGCUGGGUGGGUGUUUGCCGGUAGACUGUCUCAAGCUCCCUCGCAAGUCGAGCACAAGCUGCCAAACGCUGCUUCGACCAAAGCCGCCAUAGAACUCGAGCCCACAGUUGAGCCCGAACAUCUGCAAAUGACGACCACCUCCAAGCCGCGAGUAGGGACCAGGAAAAGCCAGAUUCCAUUCGACGAGCUCAUCGUCAUCAAGGUAUUCCAGGGGGAUCAAAGCGACUCAGUGUUCGUUGAAUCUCUCUUUUACGAGUACGUAUUCCCGCUUCUAUCGCCCGAAGCUCGGGCGGUGCUCCCUCGCUAUUACGGGACGUUCCGAUCCACGGACGGGAGUGUAUUCAUGCUUAUUUUGGAGUAUGGGGGUCGUCCCAUCGAAGACAAAGACCGCACCGAUGAUCUUGACGCCAAGGUUGAGUGAGUUAAUUCUUACUGCGGUUUUUACCCCCCUCUCAGCUAACGCUCUUGGCUCAUGAUACGACCUUGUUGUACUGGCGCAGUGCGGCUUUCGACCUUCUUCAACAACAUGGUGUCUCACAUGGUGAUCAGGAGGAUCGGAAUCUCUUGAUCGGCGACGAUGGCUCAAUCUGCAUCAUCGAUUUCGAUGGCGCCUCACUCGACUUUGAUCCCGAGUUUUUGCGCGACCCUGUUUGA